AUGGGCGGGCCCAAGAUGCAGGAGGAUCAGUCCCUGCUGCAGCAGAUGCAGCUGAUAUACAUUAAGAACGAGUUGUACCGCCAGUUGGAGCACCUGCUUGGGCGUCCGGAGAGCGUGGAGCAGGCGGAGGGGUACUACGACGAUGUAGAGGAGUUGGUGGCACUCUUUUUGCGCGAGAGCAGCGGCAGCGGCGACACCGAGGGCGGGGAAGAGGCGCUUCUCGUGGCGCUCAAUACCGCCAUUAACGGUGCCGAGGAGGAUGAACCCGCCAUUCCAUUGGAACAGCUGCGGGGUCUGGUGCGGAUUAUGCAGACGAACCUGCGGGGUGUCGACUGGCCUAAGUGCCUCGAGGCUGGUGCUCUCGCGAUUGCGGAGAAGGAGCGGAACGAGGCAGAGGCGGCGCUGCGGCGUAACUUGUUGCAGCAGGAGGAGGAUGCGGCGGCGCAGCGGGUCGGGGAAGGACGGCGGACGCUUGCGAGCCUCACGACUGACCCUGCGGAGCGUCGAGCGGCGAUGAAGGUGCGGGCAGAGGAGAAGAUGCAGCUGGCGCAGCUGGUGCGCACCGGCCUUCUUGACGAGUCGGAGCUGCUCCAGCUGCGCACCGACGAGGAGGAGGUGGAGCAGGUGGAGCUGAACGAGGAGGAGGCGCCGUUUCUGCGCGGGUUGGUACGUCACCGCCCCGUCAACUACCGUGCCCUUCUGCCAUCGGAGCAGCUGAUGCGGGCGAGUACCCCAGCGCAGCGGGAGGCGAUUAUCGCGCGACGGGCCGUACAGCAGGCAAACGCCGAUGAAAUAGAAACAAAUAGCAUGAAGCGUGCGGCCAUGUCGCAACAGUUGCGCAACAAGGACAGACAGAUUCUCCGGGCAAAAGAGAGGCGCCUGCAGCGGUUGACGGAGCAGACGCGCGGCGGCAUGGAUGACGGCUUUGCGCCCCACAACAGGGGCGCCCACGAUGGGGCUUGGGGGGAGGACGAGGGGGACGGGGAGGCCAGAGCCGAUGACCGGUACAACGGCGGCAGCGACCUCCUCAACCACGAGCUGCUGGAGCGGCCGGAGGAUCUUGCGGGUGGAUUUCGCUCCGCGCGAGAUUUACCUUCGCGACUGCCGCCGUGGAUGAAGCACAGUUUUGGCGAGAAACCCCGCUUUGGCCCCACGUUUACCUCGCAGAGUCUUACGGAGCAGCGUGAGUCGCUGCCCAUUUUUGCCUAUCGUGAUCGGAUUCUCCAGCACGUGGAUGGCCACAACGUGACGGUGUUGGUGGGGGAAACCGGCAGCGGCAAGACGACUCAGAUCCCGCAGUAUCUCGCAGAGCACGGCUACAAUAAGUAUGGGGUUAUAUGCUGCACACAGCCCCGACGUGUGGCGGCGGAGACGCUUGCCAUUCGUGUGGCGGAGGAGUACGGCUGCCGCCUGGGUGAGGAGGUGGGCUACACCGUCCGCUUUCGCGACGUCACCUCCUCGCUGACAAAGAUUAAGUACAUGACGGAUGGCAUGCUGCUGCGGGAGGCCCUCCUUGACGACACCUUUCAGCGCUACAGCGUCAUCAUCCUCGACGAGGCACACGAGCGGUCAGUGAACACGGAUUUGCUGUUUGCCAUAGUCCGCAAUGCGACACACAGGCGGCCAACGCUGAAGGUGAUCGUUACCUCCGCCACGCUCGAGCGAGAGAAGUUCUGCAACUACUUCAACGUCGCGGACGUCUUCUUCAUUGAGGGCCGCACCUUCCCUGUGGAGGUGAACUUCCUCCGAGAGCCGACCGAGGACUACCUUGACUGCGCCCUCCGGACCGUGAUGAAGCUGCACCUAGAGGAACCACCGGGUGACGUCUUGGUGUUUCUGACGGGGCAGGAGGAGAUUGAGCUGGGCGGCGAGCGACUUUUUCGCUGGAUGGAUAAGAUGCAUGAGCUCAGCGAUAGGCCGGUGCCAGACAUGCUUGUGCUGCCUCUUACCGCCUCGCUGCCGCAGGAGGUGCAGUCCCGCGUCUUUGAGGCCACACCCCCGCGCUGCCGGAAGGUUGUGCUGGCCACCAACGUGGCGGAGACUUCCAUCACCAUUAGCAACCUGUACUUUGUGGUGGACAGUGGCUUCUGUAAGCAGAACGUCUUUGACCCCAAAACAGGCGUGGAACAGCUGAAGAUCGUACCCAUUUCACAGGCGCAGGCACAGCAGCGGGCCGGGCGUGCGGGGCGCAUUGGUCCCGGGAAGUGCUUCCGCAUGUACACCGAGCCACAGUUCCAGAUGGACAUGGAGCCUGCCACCGUGCCAGACAUUCAGCGGUCCAAUUUGUUUAACGUGGUGUUGCAAUUGAAGGCCAUGGGCAUUAAUGAUCUCUUUGCACUUGACUUAAUGGAUCCACCACCGCAAGAGACGCUUGUGUCAGCGCUGCAGAAGCUGCGCUACCUUGAAGCUCUCGAUGACGAUGGAUUACUCACACCCCUGGGUGGUCGCAUGGCACAACUCCCUAUUGAUCCCUCACAGAGCAAGACGCUGCUGACGGCUGUAGACAUGGGAUGCUGCGAGCCCGUGCUGACAAUAGUCUCGAUGCUUUCUGUGCAGAAGCGUGGGGUGUUCUACCGACCACGCGACCAGCACGAGGCGGCUGACGCGGCGAAGCGGCAGUUUCACCAACCUGAGGGAGAUCAGAUUACGCUGCUCGCCGUGUACGACGCGUGGGUGGCAAAUGGCCUGAAUGAGGAGUGGUGCAAGCGCAACUUCCUAAAACACCGGAUACUGGUGGAGGCCCGUGACACACGGGAACAGUUAAGCGAUAUGCUACGCAAGCGUCAUGCGUCGAUUCCGCACCACAACGACGACGCACUCACCGAGGUGCGGCGAGCAAUCACCGCCGGUCAUUUUUUUAAUGCGGCCAAGCGUAUCACAGAUGUGGCAUAUGCCACACUGGCGGAGCGGCGUGAGGUGUACGUGCAUCCAUCGUCAUGCCUGCGGGAUGCACCGCCGAAGUACGUUUUGUACAACGAGCUGCAGUUGACGAAUCGGGAGUACAUGCGGGAGCUGCUGGUGAUUGAGCCUCAGUGGCUGGUUGAGCUCGCCCCGGCCUUCUACAGCAGGCCGCGAAAAGGGCAGUUGACUAAGGAGCAGCGGGCGGAGCGUCUCAACCCAAUCUUGCGCGCCUGGGAAAGUGGGAGCUCGUGGAGGAUCUCAAAGCAACGUCGCCGAAAGUGA